CGGGGGCGGAGACACAAGCUCUAACUCGCUUGGCUGUUUCGGUUGGGUCAGCGGCCUGAGGGACUCACUGCGGUGUGUCGUCGGCCGCCACCUGGCCCGUUGUCGGGCGCCGCCUGGCCCGCUGUGCGCCUACCCUCCCGGCGGGUCGUGGGGGGGGAUUCGGGCACUAGCCGAGCUCCCGCUCGGGUUCCCCGGCCGGUCCGGGGGAUCCGGGCGCCGCUUCGACGGCGGCUUCGCGGGACCCGCGGACCGGGUCGCAGUCCGAGCCCGAAGCGGAGGGCGUCAUGAGGCACCUGCCGUACUUCUGCCGCGGCCAGGUGGUGCGGGGCUUCGGCCGCGGCUCCAAGCAGCUGGGCAUCCCCACAGCUAACUUUCCGGAACAAGUAGUUGAUAAUCUUCCAGCUGAUGUAUCCACUGGCAUUUAUUAUGGCUGGGCCAGCGUUGGAAAUGGAGAUGUUCAUAAGAUGGUGGUGAGCAUAGGAUGGAACCCAUACUACAAGAAUACAAAAAAGUCUAUGGAAACUCAUAUCAUGCAUACCUUCAAAGAAGACUUCUAUGGGGAGAUCCUCAAUGUGGCCAUUGUUGGCUACCUCAGACCAGAAAAGAACUUUGAUUCGCUAGAGUCCCUUAUUUCAGCAAUUCAAGCUGAUAUUGAGGAAGCUAAGAAACGACUAGAUUUACCAGAACAUUUGAAAUUCAAAGAAGACAAUUUCUUCCAGGUUCCUAAAAACAAAAUAAUGAAUGGCCACUGAUGAAAAACCAUCUUAUUCUUAGUUAUUCAUUCACUGUUUUCUAAUAUUUUACUGCUCAUGACUCCUCAGUCGUUCUAUAUUGAAAAUCAGACAUAUUCCUCCAGCUGCGAAUUAGUGUAAACCGUACGGUGUCUUUUAGCACAUUAUGUUUCAACCGUUCAGAUUAAACCAAUCCAUCGCGCUGUGGUACUAAAGUGAUUCAUUUUAAAAAUCAGGAUUCUUUUUUAUGGAAUGUGUUGAUGAAAACGUACCACUAGAAAGGUCUUCAGUGUCUUAUAAUGGAAAUGAAAAUGUAUCUAAGUAUGGGUAAAACGGCAAGUCACUAGACUGGAGAUGAGAGCUAGUAAUUCUCCUGGUACACAGUAGUACGUACAUGCUUGUGUAGCAUGUGCUGCUAAACAGAGGAGGCUUAGCAAAGUAAACGUAUUCAGGGGAGGCUUGGCAGUGGAUUAUAAACCCAAGGGCAAAAGAUCCAGACUUUAUAUUUUUGAUACUUUGUGCAUUAAUAUGUUAUUGCGAACAUGUAGACAUGUGAAUUUUUUUUUCUCUUGUGUGACAUUUCAUCGUGGUUAGUCAUUUCCUUUAUGAGGUCAAAUGGUUGCACUGUGUUCCAUUUUGUCUUCCAGCUGCCUCAGUUCUCAUUGGUCUAGACUCCCCCUCCCUGUCAUUUUUUUGUUUACCUCCUGAAGGUAAAAUGAGUGUUUUUCUAAUCUCUAGGUCUCAUUUUUGUGUUGUAUAACACUUCUCCUUUUUAAGAGUAGACAUUGAAUGUUUUUCUUGACUUUGGUUCUUUUUUCCUUGAAACAAUUGUCCGUGUCUUUUUUUUUUUUCCUAUCUCGAUUAGAAUACCCUACAACUGUUCACUUAGACAAAAGACUGCAUCUAUAUCUACCAUUCCAUCCCUUCACUAUAUAAACAGUGAGUAAGUGCGCAUCCGUAUUGGAUUUUAGGAAAAAUAUCCCUGAAACUUCAUUAGGUUUCCUCAAGUUUAAAUGAGCACACAGCAGUUCAUUUGUAUAUACCACUUUCUUAACACAAAACAUUUGUUUUCCCCCUCAGGAAGCCAUUUAAGAGCCAAUUAAGUUAUGAAAGCUAUUUAUUUUUAAUGUAAUUACAUAUUCCUGAGCAAAUGUAAGCUGUUGUAGCUGUGUACGCACAGUGUAAUUUAAUGCUAAACAGUGCUUGUAGCUUGGGGAAAAGGCGUAAAUAAUAAAGUUUUAGUUACAUAAUCCUCAUACUAUGCAUUUUUUCUUCCUCCUAACUAAGAAGUAAUUUUUGGCUACUCGAGACUCUUAUUUACAUUGAAAUCUUUGGGUAUUUAGGAAAUUGAGAUUACAGAUUGAUUGGGCCUCCUGAAACAGCACAUGGCAUUAUUGUUUACUUAAGCACCCACUUUAGCGUGGGGAAAGGAGCAGAAGUAUAGAGAAGGUAGUUUUAAAAGUAACUCAUUAUAAAUCAUUUUCCCUGAUCUGCGUAAAUAGAGAACAGAUUUUAAGAACGAUACAGAGUAUUUAGAAACACACCUAAAACAUCUGGAGAAAGGGGAAGCAUGGAUAAAUUGAGUUGGCUUGUGUUUUACUUUUCAGUAUAUGAAUUUAUGGCAAACAAUGUAGUAUGUGUCUUCCUUUUAUAAAAAGACUUGAAAAAUGUAACUUAAUGUUAGAGAUCCUAUACUUGAAAGAAGCCGCAAUUACUAAUGGAUUGUAAAGCAAAGAUAAAAACAGACACGGAAGGUGUAAAAACAGAUUUGUGUUUGUUUGAAUAGCCUGCUGCUAAUUAUGUCCUCAUUAAGUGUGUGAAGUCUUUGAUAUUGUCACCUUACAAUUUGAAAAUCAUAUAUUGUAAGGUUUAAGGGUUAGUUAAUAGUGUCUAUACUUAAAGUUUUAUAUUAAGUAUGUAUUAUAAGAAAUGGCAGUAGUACCAUUUUUGAUUAAUCUGAUUUCAGGCCUUGAAAUAAAUCUUAUCUAAGUGAUGGUU